AUGUGUGGAUAUAAAAUUCAUAUAGGAAAUAAAGCAUGUCCAGAACAUGAUAAUAUGGACAGAAUACCACAAUAUCUUAGAUGGUUUAGAGAAUGGGGAACAUAUGUUUGCAUCGAAUAUAAAAAUAAGUUUGAGAAUGUAAUAAAAUUAUGUAAUAUCCAACAAAUUACAAACCAGGAUGAUUCACAACUAUUAGAAUUAUCAAAUGAUGAUAAAUGUAAAGAUGCAUUAAAGCAUUAUGAAGAAUGGAUUAAUAGAAGGAGACCUGAAUGGAAAGGUCAAUGUGAUAAAUUUGAAAAA